UGUACACAACGUAGGCGACCAAAUGUAACGCAAUUAUUCAUAUUGAAUGCAAUGUAAACAGUGAGUACUUUGAUUGAACAAAACCGAAAGACAUUUUUCUUCAAGUACGAUUUUAACAUGUCUGGAGCUGCUGCUAGUUUUUUUACAACCAUUGCAACUGCGUUCAAAAUAGCCGUGCAAUCGAACGAAGUUCCAAUUAAGACCAUCGUGGCCACAUUGCUGUUGUACGGCGUGAAAGAAUUUCUUAACGACAUCAUCUUUUCUUGUCCGGAAGAACAUUUUCAAGUUUACGGCAGUCUCUUCAUCUUCGGCCCGUCUAUUUUCCUCUUCUGUCUUUCGCUGCUGGCUUCUCCUCCUUUUUGGCAAGCUGUCACCGGCUGUUGUCUCCUGAGAUGUCGCGGAAAGAAAUUGUUGUUGAUGAAGGCGAAAAAUAGCGUGUUCGUGGCCUGUUUGCCUCCUCUUAUUUGGUUGAUGUACGCUUUUGUCGAACAGGACUAUUACGUUUGUGCUAAACUUGGCCCUCUUAAAGCGGCACUUGCUAUGGCAAACACAACUGCGCAGAGAGAAGCCGUGAAGAAGGAAUUUACUCAAGCAAAAACGACGUCACAGUUGAUCGCAUGGGGUUUAGUACUAGGUAUAGUUAUUCUUUCCACAAUCUUCGUCACGAUCUACCGCUUGUGCUUGCCAAUUGAUCCAAAACUACUGGGCAAAUACGCUUAUGAGGAAUACGAAGCCGACAAAGCUGUGGCCCUUUUCAACGAAAAAGUAAAACCUCUCGCAGAACAACAAGCGCAAGACCUGAUCGAUGGUUUGUUUGAGACGUACAAGGACAAAGAUCCCGAGGAACAGCUUGCAAUUGUCGAGGAGCAGCUCAAGAAACUAUUCCCGAGACAUGCUGGUGUUUUAACGGGAUCUGUUCGAUCUUACCCAAGUGGAUCAAGACAAGUGUCACCAGCUAUUGCUUCAAAGAAAACAGAGGCAGGGAAUACCAUAGAGUUACGUCCAAUGAUGUCAUAGACAGGAUAAAAUGCCCCCAACCCCCGCGUCCUCAGAAGGGUUACGUUGAAAAUGCUGUGCUUUUCAGGAAAGUCUUUCCCACAAUCUUAGUUGGCUGCAUCAUGUAAGGUUGAACCAGUUUCUAUAGCAGUGUGAUUGCUGUUUAAAAACCACCUCAUUUGCACUUAUUAUUUUUUAACCCUUUAACUCUCAAGAUCUGAUUGUUAAUUCUCCUUUUUAGGUGCUACUCAUUUCCUUGUAAAUUAGUCACAGGAAUUUGGUGUUAGAUCAAGAUAACAACUUGUACCUGAUAAGUAAAGUAUUCUCAUUACCUCUCUUCACUGGAUAAUGUAUGGAUAUUAUGGGGAGAAGUUAUAUGUGAAUCCCUUUUAAGAAUUAAGGGGUUAACCCUUAAACUCCCACAAGUGACCAAGACAGAAUUUCUCCUUACAAUAACAAUACAUUAUCAAUCAGGCAAGUGAUGAGAAUAAAUAAUAUAAAUUAAGGGACUAUGUGUUGAUCCAAUACCAAAUUCUCCAAAGUAACAUAAGUAUUGUAUAGCUGACAGUGAGAAGAAUUUCUAAUGAGAUCACAGGAGUGAAAUGGUUAAAGUUGGAUGCAGACACCUUUUAUUGGACAGUUCCAUCAGCCAAUCAUACCAGAUACUCUCAAAUGGGAUUCAGGUAAUUGAUUAAAGUAAACAGACAGAAACAACAACUUAGUAUCCAAAACUUGGAUGGAUGGAUUUAGUAGAUUAGACAGUGUCUCUACUAGAGACAUUUCUGCAGUUAGAACUUAUAUAGAAAAUCCACAGUUGUGGGUUUACAAAUUAGACUUACUGGCUUUCCUUCAAAUAAGUUUCAUACAUUUUUUCCUCUAAAAUCAGGAAAUUAUAGUAACUGUUAUAAUUGAUUGUAAUAGAACUUCACUCA